CCAGGAAGACCUCAUCAUCAAGCUAGCUGGGCUAUUUAAUCAAUGCUGGCCCUGAAAACAGGAGCAAGACGCUGACUAGCAGACCCUGAAACUUUACAACAGUGCCACUGACCGCUACGAGCCUCAUGCUGGGCGACCAUGGCCUUGUGGAGGCUCAGUACGCAGAGGAGGGUCCAGGACCCGGGAUCUUCACAGCAGAGCCGGGAGACCAGCAGCAACCCGGUAGGCAGACCGGGCUGGAGGGGAAAGACAGGGUGGGGGCAGUGGAGGGUAAUCUUCCUAUGUCCCCUGGAUCCCCCUUGGGCUGGCCCCACAUGAUCGAUGUGUCUCAGGCAGGGCGCUGGUGCUCCGCGCGGCGUGGCUGUGCAGUGCUGGGAGCCCUGGGGCUGCUGGCUGGUGUGGGUGUCGGCUCGUGGCUCAUAGUGCUGUAUCUAUGGCCAGCUGCCUCUCAGCCCAUUUCCGGGACCUUGCAGGACAAGGAGAUGCCUUUGGGCUGCUCGGAGGCCAGCAAUGAGGAAGCGCCACUCCCUGCGCUUCCCAGACCAGUAUCUUUCAGAACAGACCGAGAGGACUUCUUGCUGGAAGUGCGAGUGGGGGCCCGGUCAGACUGGCUCCUGGUCUGCCAUGAGGGCUGGAGCCCUGCCCUGGGGGUGCGGAUCUGCCGGAGCCUGGGGCACCUCAGACUCACUUACUACAAGGGAGUAAACCUGACUGACAUCAAGCUCAACAGCUCCCAGGAGUUUGCUCAGCUUUCUCCUAGACUGGGAGGCUUCCUGGAGGAUGUGUGGCAGCCCAGGAACAACUGCACUUCCGGCCGAGUUGUUUCCCUCAAAUGCUCUGAGUGUGGAGCAAGGCCCCUGGCUUCCCGGAUAGUCGGUGGGCAGGCCGCGGCUCCCGGGCGCUGGCCAUGGCAUGCCAGCGUGACCCUGGGCUCCCGGCACACGUGCGGGGGCUCUGUGUUGGCGCCACACUGGGUGGUGACUGCCGCGCACUGCAUGUACAGUUUCAGGCUGUCCCGCCUGUCCAGCUGGCGGGUUCACACAGGGCUGGUCAGCCACAGCGCUCUCAGGCCACACCAGGGGGCUAUGGUGGAGAGGAUCAUCCCCCACCCCUUCUACAGCACCCAGAAUCAUGACUACGAUGUCGCUCUCCUGCGGCUCCGAACGCCGCUCAACUUCUCAGACACCGUGGGUGCCGUGUGCCUGCCAGCCGAGGAGCAGCGUUUCCCAAGGGGCUCCCAGUGCUGGGUGUCUGGCUGGGGCCACACCGACCCCAGCCAUACCCACAGCUCGGACAUGCUCCAGGACGCGGUGGUGCCCCUGCUCAGCACCCAGCUCUGCAACAGCUCUUGCGUGUACAGCGGAGCCCUCACCCAUCGCAUGCUGUGCGCCGGCUACUUGGACGGGAGGGCCGAUGCGUGUCAGGGGGAUAGUGGGGGACCCUUGGUGUGUCCAGAUGGUGGCAUAUGGCGCCUCGUGGGGGUGGUCAGCUGGGGUCGUGGCUGUGCAGAGCCCAAUCACCCGGGUGUCUACGCCAAGGUAGCCGAGUUCCUGGACUGGAUUCAUGACACCACUCAGGACUCCCUCCUAAGUCCUGUAUUUUCCUCCAUUCUCACUGUGCACCAGCCUCACGUGUCCUGGGGUCUCCAGCAGGUCCACUAGAUGGAGGACAAGCAGCAGCCUCCCAUGCAGAAGGCACGGAUCUUCCACCACUGCGUGCGAGACAGUCACCACCCACAGGCCAGCUGUCGGGCUGCUGGGCCUCUCCUCUCAGGCCCUGGUUUCAGAAUCCCUCUUUCUCACCAGAGAGGCUCGACAGCAGGAGAGAGGCUGGGGCUGGGGUGGGAAUGGUGGGGGUGCUGAGGAAUGAGGGGGAGGAGGAGAGAGGCAGGAGCUGGAGACCAAGAGGCUGCUGGAAGCAGCUGGGAGCCUGCCCUUCUGCUCUCUCCCCUCCCCGGCCCCUGCGUGCAUAUUUUGGGAGGGUGCUUAGGGAUGCUCCCAGUCCUACCUUCUCCCUGUGCCCUCGGGUGGGCUAAGUGCCUCCCUGGAGGAUUCCCUGGCUCAGAGUCUCCUGGGCAGAUGGAAUCAAGGCUGGGCCAGCCCAGAUUAAGCCCAUGGGAGUCAGGAUCCCCUCCACUUCCCUGCUGGUCUCGCUGCUUC